CUGUACUCCACGGCUGUCAUCUGCGCAUUAUUUGGUUUAUAUUUGGUAUUCAGUGUUAUUUAGAAAGCCGAUUUUACAUUUUUUAUCCAAGGAUUAUAUUCGUUAUCAUUUUAUAAUUUAGAAAAAUGAUUGCCAUGGGUGGGAAAUACUCAAAAUUAGACCCAAUGGAAGUAAAUGUUCCGAAUAUUCAGGAUUUGUUAAACAGAGAUCCAUAUUUGCAUCCCUACGAGAAAGAAAUUAGACGCCGUUAUGCAGUGUUUAAAGACUAUUUAGACGUUAUAGAAAAUGUUGGUGGAGGAUUGAAUGACUUUACCCAAGCCUAUAAAUAUUUUGGAAUCCAUGUUGAACCAGAUAAUACAAUAAUAUGUAGAGAAUGGGCACCAGGGGCCAAUGGUCUUUUUUUAACUGGAGAAUUCAAUAAUUGGAAUCGGGACAGUCAUCCUUACACAAAACUCGAAUUUGGCAAAUGGGAACUAAAGUUACCACCAAAACAUGAUGGUACCCCCGCAGUAGAGCAUUUGUCAGAAAUUAAAAUAGUUGUUUUAACACAAGCAGGACAGAAAGAAGAUAGGCUCUCCCCUUAUGCCAAUUAUGUUAAGGAACCAAAAAAAAUUGAAGGGACAAUAUAUAAGCAGCUCUUAUAUAACCCACCAAAAAAUGAGCGAUAUAUGUUUAAACACCCAAGACCACCAAAACCAAAAAGCCUUCGUAUAUAUGAAUGCCAUGUUGGAAUUGCGACUGACCAACUAGGUGUUGGCUCCUACCAAAAUUUCACUGAAAAUAUCUUACCUCGUAUUGUUAAUCAAGGUUAUAAUGCCAUACAACUAAUGGCCAUCAUGGAACAUGCAUAUUACGCCAGUUUUGGCUAUCAAGUAACUAGUUUUUAUGCAGCAUCGAGCAGAUACGGUACUCCAGAUGAAUUAAAGCUAUUGGUAGAUCGAGCCCACGAACUGGGAUUGGUAGUAUUGCUUGACUUAGUCCAUUCCCAUGCAAGUAAAAAUGUUCUUGAUGGUUUAAAUAUGUUUGAUGGCACUGAUUCAUGUUUUUUUCACUCUGGGCCUAGAGGAAAUCAUUCCCUAUGGGAUUCCAGAUUAUUUAACUAUUCUGAAUAUGAGGUGAUGAGAUUUUUAUUGUCAAACGUUAGGUGGUGGAUUGAUGAGUAUAAUUUUGAUGGAUAUCGAUUUGAUGGGGUUACAUCGAUGUUAUAUCACUCUAGAGGUAUUGGACAAGGAUUUGGUGGGCACUAUGAUGAUUAUUUCAACAUGGGCGUAGAUACAGACGGGGUUGUAUAUUUAAUGUUGGCCAAUCAUGUCGCUCAUAAUUUAUACAGUGACGCAAUAACUAUAGCGGAGGAUGUUUCGGGAAUGCCAGGCACAUGUCGUCCAGUAUCAGAAGGAUGUUUGGGCUUUGACUAUCGACUCGCUAUGGCCAUUCCCGAUAAGUGGAUUGAAUUGUUAAAGCAUACCAAAGAUGAAGAAUGGGAUGUUGGAAACAUAGUCCAUACAUUAACCAAUCGUCGUUGGAUGGAACCAAACGUAGCAUAUGCAGAAUCUCAUGAUCAGGCCCUGGUGGGAGACAAAACAAUCGCUUUUUGGCUUAUGGACAAAGAGAUGUACACUCAUAUGAGUAAAAUUUCCUCUCCUUCCGAUAUAAUUGAUCGAGGAAUUGCUUUGCAUAAGUUGAUCCGCUUUAUCACUCAUGGAUUGGGAGGGGAAGCUUACCUUAAUUUUAUGGGCAACGAAUUUGGGCAUCCUGAAUGGUUAGAUUUUCCAAGAGAAGGAAACAACAGUUCAUAUCAUUAUGCCAGAAGGCAGUGGAAUCUGGUCGAUGAUAAACUAUUGAAAUAUGAAUACCUAAACAAUUGGGAUGCAGCUAUGAAUAAAACUGAAAAUAAGUUUGGUUGGUUAGCAGCCCCACCAGGGUAUGUAAGUAUGAAACAUGAUGGAGAUAAAGUGAUAGCUUUUGAAAGGGCAGGACUGUUGUUCAUUUUCAAUUUUCAUCCAACCAAGAGUUUUGCGGAUUAUAAACUAGGAAUAGAAGGAUCGGGAACAUACAGAGUAGUCCUAAAUUCUGAUGAGAAGAUAUUUGGAGGUUUCGAGAGGAUAGAUAGUUCAGUACCUGCAUUUACUAAACCCGAGAGUUAUUGUAAUAGAAGCAAUUCUUUACAGGUGUAUAUUCCUAGCCGUACUUGCAUGGUGCUUGCCCCGGAAUUUGCUAUUUAAAUUGCUUUUUUGAAUCAUCAAGUGCAAUUUCUCAUAGUGCUCUGUGAGGGUGUAAAAUUUACAUUAUUUAUUAGAGGCAGUUAAUUUCAGAAUUGUUGAAUAAACUAUUUUUUCAUU